CCCACACCUGCCUCCAUCAGAUGUGCCCUGUGCCCGCCAGUAAUGUUGCUGCUGCUUCUGCUGCUGCUGCUGCUGGAACCUGGACCCAGAUCCAGCGCAGCCUCUAGGAGGUCACAUGUGCACCGACGUGGGAUCCUGGAACUGGCAGGGACUGUGAAUUGUGUUGGGGCCCGAAACCCCUUGGCCUAUGUGGACUAUGGCUGCUACUGUGGCCUGGGUGGCCGUGGCAAGCCCAAGGAUGCCACUGACUGGUGCUGCUUUCACCACGACUGCUGUUACACUCGUGCCGAGGAGGCUGGCUGCAGGCCCAAGUUGAAUCCCUACCCCUGGCGGUGCAUCAGUAAGCGCGUUGUGUGCGGGUCAUCUGGAAGAGACUUGGAGAAAGGAGGCAGAGUAAUGCAGGACCAACAGAGAACGAAUGCCAAGAACUUUUGUGCAAGUGUGACCAGGAGGUUGCUCACUGCUUUGCUGAAACUCAGUACAACUUAAAGUACCUCUUCUACCCCCAGUUUUUAUGUGAGCAGGACUCACCCAAGUGUGACUGACCAACCUGGCUUGAAAUGUUCUUUUGUGCAAGGAAAUAAAGCUCAUUUUCAUUAAUGAA